GCAGUCUAUAAAUAUAUUGGCAAUGAUACAUGUGGGAGGCUAAAUUAACCCAAAAUCCCUAAAUUUGUGACAGCUUUGUUUAGUGGCUAAAAAAACCAGCCAAAAAUAAUGAUUUUGUAAAAUAAAUUAAUAAACAAAUAUGAGUGAAUUAUUUAAGUCUGCUUUUGAAUACUUUAGUGGUCCUACGAACGGACAAAGUGAUAAUAGUUUUGUUGGACAAAUUGUAGAGGUAUCAAACGUAAAAUUAAGGAUUAAAAAAGUCAUAGCUGAAGGUGGUUUUGCUGUUGUCUUUGUGGCUCAGGAUGUUAAUAGUGGCAAAGACUAUGCUUUAAAGAGGCUACUAGCUGCCGACGAAGAAGCUAAAAAUAACAUUAUGAAGGAAAUAAAUAUACUUAAGAAAGUUUCUGGACAUCCUAAUAUAAUACAGUAUUUAUCGGCUUCAUUUAUAGAUAAAUCUCAAACUUCUCACAACCAGAGCGAAUUUCUAUUAGUUACUGAAUUGUGUCCAGGAGGAUCCUUAGUUGAAAUUUUACAAGCACGUACAGCGGCUUUAGAUGUUGAAACGAUCACAAGAGUAUUUUAUCAAACGUGCAAGGCUGUUUCGCAUAUGCACUCCCAAGUACCACCGAUUAUACAUAGGGAUUUGAAGAUUGAAAACUUGCUUAUUAGCGGCGACAGUACUAUAAAAUUAUGCGAUUUUGGUUCUGCUACCGCUGAUAUUUAUCGACCUGACUUGUCCUGGUCCGCCAAUCAGCACUCCAGCCUAGAAGAAAACAUGGCAAGAUUCACCACACCGAUGUAUAGAGCUCCUGAAAUGGUAGACACCUGGAACAAUUAUUACGUAGGGCCCCCAGUAGACAUUUGGGCACUAGGAUGCAUAUUGUACAUGCUCUGCUAUAUGAAACAUCCCUUCGAAGACAGUGCUAAGCUGAGGAUUAUUAACGCCAACUACACAUUACCGUCGGAUUCGAAAUUUUUUUGUUUCCAUGACAUAAUUAGAGGCUGUUUGCAAGCGAAUCCCGAACAUAGAUUAACGAUUGCUGCCGUAUUGGAACGAGUGGCUGCGAUAGCAGAGUCGAACGGUUUCAAUCUGAGGGCNUCUAUUUUAAUAAUCUACUAA